UCUCCUCUUUUUCCUUCGUUAGAUCUGACGGCGUCACCGCCCAAAAAUACCGGCUAUUAUAGUCCUCCCAGUCCCACUGCUCCCCCUCAGCCUUGCUCGCUCGCGCACUACACCAUACUCACCUUCUCUCCCUCCCCGUCCGUGCUAGCGCGUGAGAUUCAAUAAUGGCCGUCCAUUCCCUGAUCCCCUUCAUCCUAUUCCUCCUGGCGAUCUCUCCGUCCUCCGCCUCCAAUUCCUCGUCAGCGGCGAUUGGCAUAAACUACGGCCAGGUCGCCGACAACCUCCCGUCGCCGGAGGCGGUGAUUCGCCUCCUCCGGCCCCUCGGCGUGGGCCGGGUGAAGCUCUACGACACCGAUCCUCGCGUCCUCCGCGCGUUCGCCGACACCGGCGUCGAGUUCGUGGUGGGCCUCCCCGACCGCCUCGUCCCCAAGGUCCGCGACCCCGCCACCGCCCUCGCCUGGGUCAAGGCCAACCUCUAUCCCCACCUCCCCCGUACCCGCAUCGCCGCCGUCACCGUCGGCAACGAGGUCCUCUCCGGCAAUGACUCCGCCCUCACCCAGUCCCUCCUCCCGGCGAUGCAGUCCGUCCACUCCGCCCUCGCCACCCUCGGCCUCGACCGCCAGGUCGCCGUCACCACUGCGCACUCCCUCGCCGUCCUCUCCACCUCCUUCCCCCCCUCCGCCGGCGCCUUCCGCCGCGAUCUCCUCCCCUACGUCACCCCCCUCCUCUCCUUCUUAUCCAAGACAGGAUCCCCGUUCCUCAUCAACGCGUACCCCUACUUCGCAUACAAGGCCGACCCCAAGCGGGUGACCCUCGAUUACGUCCUCUUCCAGCCCAACCAGGGCGUGGUGGACCCCGGAUCUGGCCUCCGCUACGACAACAUGCUGCACGCCCAGGUGGACGCCGUCCGGGCGGCGAUCGCAGCAGCGGGCGGGGGGAAGGGGGUCGACGUGAGGGUGUCGGAGACGGGAUGGCCGUCGGCGGGGGACGAGGACGAGGUCGGGGCCACGGCGGAGAACGCCAGGAGGUACAACGGGAACCUGAUGCGGAUGGUGGCGGAGGGGAAGGGGACCCCGAUGGCCCCCGGGGCGCCGCUACACGUCUACGUCUUCGCCCUCUUCAACGAGAACCUCAAGCCCGGUCCCGCCUCCGAGCGCCACUACGGCCUCUUCAAGCCCGACGGCUCCCCUGCCUACCAUCUUGGAGUCGCGGAGGCCCCGGCCGGCAAUUCUACCGCCCCCACCGCCAGUAGCGGCGGCGCCGGGCCGCACUCGCCGGGGGCUUCGUCCACCGGUUAUUACUCCACCAUCUCGUCAGCCACGAUGGUGGGGUCUGAAAGGGUGUCGGUGGUGGUAUUGGCGAGUAUGCUGGGUCUGGUUCUCCGGUUUGCGUGAGUUGGGCGCUUGGUGGCUGGAUUUUUCCGAUAUUUAUGGUCGUUUGAUGGAUUGGUAGAGUAAAGAUUGAGGAUUUUUUUGUUUGUAAUUUUAUAGGUAUUGAUUCAGUGAUUAAUAUGUAGGAGCCAUGAAUAGGGAGAGCAAGUUUAUGUAAUUAAAAAUCUGUUAGGUUUUAAAUCCACGCUGCUAUUUUUCACACUAAAGCUGUGUUUCUUUCUUUGAUUAGCUACAAUUUAUGAUCAUUACUGAAUUGUUUUGGUAAAAGAGCCUAAUAACAUUUUAUGUGACAUG